AUGCAGAACGAGCUAGCGUUGGCAAAGUACGAGGCGCAGAAAUGGAAAGAGAAAUACAUGGUGGAGAAACGGCGCCGCCAGAAGUCUGCGAGGGAUCUACUAGAUAUUGUCGUACGCAUAGAGCGUCAUCCAAACGGAGAUAAUGUUCUCACAGGUGCUGCAGCAGCGGAGCGAUCGUCCUCAUUAUUCAGUCCGGACCACACGGCCAAUCUUCUGAGUCCAACGUUGUCAUCGUUCGACUUUGACGACGAUUCAAGCGACGAGGACUGUGAUGCUAGUGAUGAUCAUCCCCCUGAGCCCCCAAAUGCACUCGUAGAUGCAACAAGAAAUGAGUCAGAAAUCGUAGCAGAGACUGAAAAUACGCCCAUUGAUCAGAACGAGCCGUUUAACCCAUCGAUGGCACUGGAACUGCGAGACCGACAGUCGCUCAUGCAUCAUUUGAACGCCAAUGCAGGCGUUCCUGGACGAAUUAACCGUUCAUCGACUACUGGCUCGUCUUUGGAGGCAUUUGGUGGAUCAUCACGACGAAUAAUGGACGGAAAGAAUGGUACAAGCAGCGAACACUCGCAUCAACACCUCAUGUAUCGUAUCAUGUAUGCCAAACCGUCAUCACGCGAUUUAUGGCAUGCACGGACCCAUCCGAGCAGACUGCAAAAUGUGGCGCGAUCUAUCAUGUUUUCCAUGCACCUGAAGAAGGAGCACAUCUUUGAAAGGUUUUUCGUGACGGGGAUGGCCCUCGGUGAGUCAGAUCGACAACAUCAGCCUGCGAGACUUGCUGGUUACUGUGAAGCUGUUGCUGCUGAGCGACCUGGAGGGGCAGAUCCCGCGUGUUAA